AUGGCUGCAGAAUCAUCAGAUAGUGAAGUAGAAACAAAAAAUGGUUUAUUAAAUUUUGAAUUAUGGAAUCCGUUCGAUUUACAUGUUAUGUCUUAUAUACGUUCACCAAUGCAGCAACAUUUUGCUACUGAGAAAUCAAAUGUAAUUUGUCGUGCAUUACGUUUAGCGGUCGUCGAUUUAUUAGAUACAAUUGAUAAAAAUAACUAUCGGGAAGAUGAUACAACAAUAAUUGGUACUGAACAUCGGACAUUUCGUUCACGUCAUUAUCAUGUUAAAAUAGAUGAGGGAGAAAACAUUACCGGCAAUACUUUUGAACAAUCGUUUGAGUUAGAUGUAAGUGCAUUGGCACCAUUAGUAUUUUAUCAAUUACGAAAUGAUAUUGGAAUAUCGAAUGAAGAAUUUCGUCAUUCAUUUGCUCAUGAACAACUAAGAGAUUUUACUAAUCCAGGCAAAUCAGGUAGUCUAAUGUAUAAAACAAAUGAUGAUUUGUAUAUAAUAAAAACAUUGAGAGAUUAUGAAGCUCGUUUAUUGAUUCAAAUAUUGCCUGGCUAUCAUAUACAGUUAACACAUCGUUCAACAAUAUUAAAUCGUUAUGUUGGCUUGUAUGCAAUACGUUUUCCUAAAUUACUAUCAACACCUGAAAUAUAUGUUGUCGUUAUGGUCAAUGCGUUACCAUCAUAUUUAAAAAUAAAUGAAAUAUAUGAUUUAAAAGGAUCGACAAUAGGUCGACGAUCACGGAUUAGUCAUCCACAAGAACGUUUACAUGCUCUCAAGGAUUUAGAUUUUUUAGAAUUUUAUCCCAAUGGUAUACGAAUACCAAGUAAAAUUUAUCAUCGUUUACAAAAAGUGAUAUUAAAUGAUGCUAAAGCCUUAAGAAAAUUAAACAUAACAGAUUUUUCAUUAAUAUUAGGUGUUCAUCAUAUUGAUGUUAAUCCAGAAGAAUUAGCUGAAUAUCAUCCAGCUCUCGGUCUUAGUGCUCUCUUUCAUAUGAGUAAAAGGUUUUAUGUUAUUGAUGAAAACAAAACAAUUGAAACAAUUGAAACAAUUGAAAAACCAAACAAUAAUGAAGUAUUAUCUUAUUUAAAACCGUUAAAAAUCAUUGGUUAUGAUGCCACUGAUGAUCAUUUCUAUGAUCACGAUAUGGACGACAUUGGACUUUUAACGUGUCCUAUUCCUGGAAUAAUUAAUAAUACAAAUAAUCAACGAGUCUACAUCUAUAUAGCUUUUGUUGAUAUGUUACAGACAUUUGAUAGUUUCAAACUCAUAGAAGCAACUUUAAAAAAAAUAUCCGAUCCAUAUCGUACAUUACAAUAUUCAGUAAUUGAGCCAAAAGAAUAUGAAAAACGUAUUACCAAAUUUUUAUUUGAAAAAAUAUUUAUUGAUGCCGAAAAUGAUUUUCAAUGGGUAAAAAAUGAUCAAGUAGUCUUGCCGAUUGAAAAAGAAACUAAAUCAGAAAAACGUAAACAUAAGAAACACCGUCAUCAUAAACAUAAGCAAUCAGAAACAAAAGAUUUCGAAGCUCAUCAGGACCAAGCUGAAAUAUCUGUACAGAACGGUGAUUUCAUUGAUCUUCGUCUUUAA